AUGCUACUGAGGUCAUGCCGCUUGCAGCGGCCAGAGUCUGCACCUUGCAUCAGCGCGCUGGUGAAUGGGCCACAAGCUCGACACAAGCCAACAGGCGCUGGCACCAAACCUCUUGAGCGAAAGGUCAGGCAAAAAUCAGCUGCUCCUGUUGGCUGCGCAGACGAUGCAGGAGGUUGGACAGGUGAAAGCGAAGAUGGGUACAAGAUGUACAAGGCUGGCCAGGCAGAUGAGGGCCUCUCGCGCUAUUGCCAGGCCUUUGCUGCUGCGGUUGAAAACUUCAAAGGUUCUCGCUCGCAAGUGUUGAACUCUUCUUCAGCAACACUACCUUCACGGAGAUAUGCUAUGCCUCGCCCACGAUCUGGUAUUCCCUUUGCGCUGAAGGAACCCUAUCCAGAAGCACCGAGGUCAGGCUAUUUGUGUUCAAACAUUUCUGGCAUCAAUGCUUUGCUGGCUUCUCGCAGAAACGCCUUGAGUAAAAGUGGUGUUCUGGAUGCAGCUUCAAAGCCUGGUGGCGCAUGA